UUGCAGUAUCUCCUUCAAUCGUCUUCUCUUCCAGGCACCUGCGCCAUGGGCUGAGCUGCUGCCAUGUGGAGAGGUAGCCAUCCUCUAUUGUCUACCUCACUGAAGGCUGAGGUGGACUCCGACAACUCCAGGAGGAUGUUUUCAAAGCAUAAAAGAAAAGAAAAAACAUUAAGCGAUGCAUCAUGUUCUGAAAACAGUCAACAACAGCAAAUAGAAUCCCUCCACAGGAGAAGCAGCCGCAUGAACUAGAAAUCUCAGUUUGACAAAACACCAAUGUCAUCCUGACUGCUGUUCAAUGGACUCUUUUCCAUGCUGCUCCCAUAAAGGUCAAACUCCUUGUAUUCCAGGUAGGCUUUCACUCUGGGGGCGAAAGGGGCAGACUCCAUGACGACAGGGUCACACAGUCUCUUUAGUGUCAUCUGUCUCCUGAUCACCAGCCUGCACAGACAGUACUGCAGUGCAGUGGGGAACACGGUGUCGCUGACCACCGUGAAGUAGCAGUUCACAUCUGCCUGCCUGGCCAGCAGCAGCUUCACGAUCUCAUAGCGCCCAGCCCUGAUGGCCACUAGGAGGCAGUGAAGUGGGUCCACGUCGGGCUUUGCCCCUGCGUUCAGGAGUAUCUCUGUGCAGAUCUAAGGUGGAAGCUGGGACUCACAAGAGGUGGCCCUCUUGUGCUGCCCGGUGGAUCGGGAGGAGGGAGCUCAGACUGGCCACGUUGGGAUUGGCUCCGUGUUCCAGAAGAAGAUCGAUGCAGUCUGGGUUCCCGGAGCCCGCCGCGUCGUAAAGCACGCUAUCUCCGUUCGGUGCCUGCGCGUUCACGUCACCACCUGAUGGCGAGACAGAGGACCUCACGAAUCCCAGGCGACAAAGAAAACGGAACAGUAAAUCAUUCAGAAGAAAAGUCAGUGGCUCCGGUGGAAGUAUAUGAUUCUGACCAGGGAGAUGUCAAUUCGCAAGGCAAGACAGUGCAUAAGAAAACGACAUUCGCUCCUGAUGUUGGGAACUCAACGGCCACAGUGAAGAUGCUCCUACCCGAAGGACACGUGAUGACUCUGGCCUUUGCCAUCGGUUUUACCAUCCAGGAUUUAAAGGAUCACUUCGCAAAUGAGCUGAAAAUAUCAUCGGACAUUAUACAGGUCUCACUUGAUGGCAGCGCUGUUACGGACAGGGAUACACUCGUUGAUUUGGGUGUCCAGCCACACGGCACCAUCCAACUAGAGAUGUCGUCCAUAGACCCCGAAAAUCAUCCCAUCCGACCAGUUAAACUUCAAACGGAGUACAAUAUGCCGGACGUUAUCACCGUCAGAGUACAAGCAGGAACGGACGCGUACCAGGACGUGGUGGUGGAGAUCGAGCGGGCCACGCAGAGGAAAACCUUUUUGGGAGGGUACCGGCACAAGGUCACGGGGACAGAAUUCCACCACUGCGCCGUGCAGACUGUGGCCAAGAGGCCUCCCGGCAAGGGUUUGGAGACGUUCUGCCGUGACACUCAGACGGUGGAGGUGAAGAGCCAGGCCCAGCAGUGCUCCAGCACCACGGCCACACAGAUGAGCAAGAUCGGCUGCUACGUGUCCAACAUGGAGGACAAGCUUGUGCGCCCUGGCCCCUACGUCACAGCCGACGAGUGUGCCUUCCAGAAGUGGAAGGCAAUCAUAGUGCUGCAGAAGUACGCAAGACGCUGGUUGGCCAAGAGUCAGAUUCACCAGCUGAGGCAUGAGAAGCAGGAGCGACUGGAGUGGCUGGAGAGGGAGCACGCCAGGAAGCUGAGGGACAAAGAGAAGCAGAUGGAGGCCGAGUACCGCAGGAGGAUGAACCCUCAGACCAAGGAGGACUUCGCCCUGCUCUACAGCGCCCUGGAGAGGUGGAGGAAAGAAGAGGUGGAGCGCAUCAACGCCACGCACGCGGGGGCGAAGCGCAAGGGCGCCCUGUGCACGCUGCUGAACGAGGAGAGCCAGCACAUCGCCUCCAUCGGACAGCACCGCCUAGUGGCGGCCAAGAAGAACGAGGAGAAGGCCGUCCAAACCCUCCUGGAAAAGUGCGCGGCGCCCAAGGCGUGGAAGUCGUUCGAUGGGAAGGUGACGGCGAUGGACACGCAGAACACCAUCAGGGCCAGGGAGCUGCAGGAGCUCUACGUCAGCCUCAGCGCCCAGUACAGGAGCCCGGACGACCGGCUGGCCGUGCUGCAGUCGCUCAGAGACACCGUCAAGGAGCAGGACUGCAAGCUGACGCGGGAGAUCAUGGACUUGAUUUGCAGGGAGGCGGACCUCAUGACUCGUGAAGUCAAGAGUGCCAAUCUGGAGGGACUGAGGAAGAGGAUCUCCACCCUCUUCCUCCAGUACAUCAAAACCCCUGCCUUCAACCCAGAAGUGACCAGGCUUCUGAAGGUGCCCCCGAACGCCGGGCAGAAGAGGAGGAAGAUCUACCGCUGCAAGGCCUGCAACAGCUACCUGCCGUGCACGGGCUUCUCCCUGUCCAUCGGCUCCAGCCAGAUGGCCCGCUGCCACCGCUGCAUGGAGCUGGACAACGAGGCGCGGCACCGGGAGGACGCGUCCCUCUACCGGGACAUCCUCCUGCACCUGCGCCGGGCCGAGUCAGAGCGCCACCCGCAGGCCAAGAUCAUCUACCUGCUGCAGGAGCAGGACCUGCGGUACCUGGUGGACGUGAUCUGGGGGGCGCAGUCGGCCCUGAGCGCGUGCGACGACCUGCGGGACCUGGUGAUGGUGCGCUGGGACCGGGCGGAGGAGUGGAGCCCCUGGAACUGCAUCCUGCUCAACAAGGACGAGGCCCCCGCCCACCUCAAGAUGGAGAGCGUCCGCGAGGCAUACGGAACGUCGUUCAUCCGGAGCGUACAGCACAAACACAUGCUGGCCCGGAAUUACUUUUCCGAGAUCCCGGCCAUGGCGGAUCGCUUCGACAGCACGGUCCGCCUGCCUGCCGCCCAAUCCAGCGCCCCGGCGUCCAAGCCGGUUUCCACAGCGACCGAGUGAUCCCGCCUCCGGGACCCCUGACUCCUCCCUCUCCACCCCACAGGAGACAGGAGUCCAGUCACAUGACACUCCUUGACUUACUGGCUGACUUUGGUAACAAUUGGGUUGAUAUUGUACUGAGUUGUUCCGGCAAACGCAAACUCAACAAAAGAAAGAUGUUGUAUAUCAAACCCUCUGUCUAUGGUUGAUUU